AUGUUCCUCGUGGCUACCGAUUGUAUCUCGGCAUUCACCACUCGGAUGAAGAACAGAGCCUCGCGCCGCACCCUCUCCCGCCGACUCUCUCCCUACAGCAUCGUCAAGCUCUUGAUCACCACGUUUAUCGGAAACAUCCUCUUGAGCCUGCUCUGCAUCAUCCCGCCCCUUGUCACAGGUUCAAGGGGUACUACCAGUCCGGGGACAGCCCAGAAGCGCACAACACGCGCUUCAUCUACCUGCCUGUUCUGGGCAGCCUACAACAUCCUCGCCAGCUGGGUCCUCAACUUCCUCACCGAGCUCAUCCCCCGCGCAAUCGUUCUGUUGGUUGGCGUGGUGUGGGGAGAGGUGAACAAGACGAUCAAGGCCCGCGUCGACCGCCAAGCCGUGGAUCAAAGUGAUCUUUUACUCGGCCAUGUGCUGGGGCUCCUGGGAAGUCAUCUUCAAUGGCAUCUAUCACCUCUACGCCCUCACCGAGACCGGCCACUACCGCGCCCCAUACACCGAAACUAUCCACAUCAUCGUCGAACUGCUGUUCUUCUUCAUGCUCAUCCUGUCCCUGGAAAAACUACUGCUGCUAACCAUCAGUAUGAAUUUCCAUCAAGUGGCCUACGCGGAUCGGAUUCAGAAAAUCACCCGAACCUUCGCAGUGAUCGAUGCCUUGAAAGAUUGCCGUCCGAAGCGCAAAUCUUUCCCGCUGGCACCCAACAGUCGCCGGCCGUCUGGGGCGAUCCUGACGAUGAAAGGGCUCGCGGGCAAGAAGGCGGCCCAAGAGCCGGCGAUGGCCAAGAAGAGCAGAUGGUAGUCACGCAACCGGGAGCCCUAGCAGCAGAUGGGCGACAAGGAGAAGGUGGAUUACGAAGCCCAGAUGCACGAGACGGACCGGUUCAAUACCGAGUACCAGAAGGAUCUGCCCUUCCACCACCAGCAAAACAAGCGAUCCUCACGCCUGAUGCGCCGCAACUCGCAGACAACGCUUGCCGCGCUGGCCGCGCCUCGGCAGCCAAGAUCGCCCGCGCGGCGAUGAAGGAUCCGGUGUGGGUCGUCGGCAAGAAGUCCGGGCUCAAUCUGGACGUCAACAACCCCGCGGAGGCCCGGAAACUGGCCUGGAAGAUCUACUUCGGCUUCAAGCCGGACUCGGCCCGGACCUACCUGGUGCCCUCGGACUUCUACCCGGCCUUCCCGACGCACGAGCUUGCCAAGGAGGCCUUCUCGAUCUUCGACUCGGCCGGGAGCGGGAACAUCAGUCGGAUGGAGGUGAAGAACGAGAUCUUCCGGGCCUACAAGGAGCGCCGGGCACUGGCCAACUCGCUCCAGGACGUCGGCCAUGCGAUCGGCCGACUGGACCGGAUCAUGAUGGCCAUGGCGGGGAUCGUGUUCGUGUUCAUUGCACUGUCGAUCGUCGGGAUCGACUACUCCAAGGCGCUCGCCUCAGUGUACACCGUGGGCAUCGCGGCGGCGUUUAUCUUCAAGGAGACUGCGGGCAACGUGUUUGAUGCGAUCAUCAUGGUCUUCUGCACCCAUCCCUACGACACGGGGGACCGGGUGAUCAUGGACAAGGUGCUGGUGGUGAAGUGGAUGGGCCUGCUGAGUGGUUUGCGCCGAACUCGCUGCUGGGCCAGAAGUUCAUCAUCAACCUGCGCCGGAGCUCGAACCAGUUCGAGAAUGCGACGGUGCAGUUCGGCUGGAAGACGCCGCCGGAGAAGCUGGAUGCGCUGGAGGAGAAGAUGA